GGUCGGUUGCCACAUACACGGAUUAUUUACUUACUUGUUUCUUUUCUUCUUGUGGUUUAUAACGGUUGUGAUUAGUGAAAAACUGUGAUAAAAUUGAUUUAAAAAACACAUAUACAUAUUUAUAUUAUACAUUUCGUGCCUGAAUAAAUUUAUUACAAAAAAUAAUCAAAAUAUUCAUAGUGAAAGGUGUGCAUACGAAAACAAUUUAAAAUAUUAUAAUGCCAAGAAGAAAGAGAGCUUCCAGUCCAUUUGAUCCGUUCGAUGAUGACUUCGACGAGGAUGCCAGCUCUCAAAGUUCCAAAAACGGAAAUCCGCCAGUGCAACGAAACGCUGCCAAUGCUCGAGAGAGAGCACGAAUGCGAGUAUUGUCUAGCGCUUUUGGACGACUCAAAACCAAACUACCGAACAUUCCACCGGACACAAAACUAUCCAAAUUGGAUACACUACGCCUAGCCACGAUGUAUAUCAAACAGUUAAAGGUGCUAGUUGAGGGUGGUACAACAAGUUCAGAUAAUAUGGAAGCAAUGCAAGAGUCAUCGGGGAUUUUCAAUAUGCAGGGUGUUCCACAAAGCAUGACUUGGCCCUUUGGCUUCCAUCAUAUGCAAAGUAACAGUAACAAUAGUAGUAAUCGACUACAAACACUGCAAUACCCCCCCUCCGAAUGGAAUCACACGCGUAACACUUAUUCCAAAUAUGGACGUAUGAGUAACAGUUAUGCCGGCAGCAACAAUAGCAAUUAUCAACAAGAUUCAAAUAUUUUGCAUUCGCACCAUUGGUAUACGACAGAAGAGCCAAUGACAGAGGACAUCAGCAUAAAUAACAACAAUUGUGCCUUUUUCGAAUCACAAUCGGAACAUCAUUUCAAACAAAAUCAUGAUAUUCCACAGGCUCAUCACCAACUAUUUCACACAAAUCAUUCAAAUAUGCAAAGUUCGAUACGAUAAAUAAGUACAGUGCCUGCACUGCAUAUAUAAUAUUGAAUAUACGUAUUCAAUUUCCUCGUAUUUGUAGUAAAACUUAGGACUAGAACUUCAUAGAUAUUUAAGAGUAUGAUAUUGGAUAGUCUAAGAAGUUCGGUAACAAAUUGGAAUAAAGUUAAAAUAAUUUUUUUCUGAGAGCUGAUUUUCAGAGCUCAUGACACAUAGUCAUUUUGAUCUAUGAUGUUUACCAUUUCACGGCUGGAGCCAAUAUUCCAUUAGUUUAAGGUUUCUGUAUUUUCUGAGUGAAAAAUUUAUUCAAACCUUUUGAAGGUAGGUACAUGCUUUUUGUAGACACGGCAUUAUUUUCGUAAACAUCACACACGACCGUAAUGUUCAACAUUUACAAUAAUUUUCAUGCAUGACAUAAGUUUUCCUCCAAUAAAAUGAUUAUACGAGUAUAACGGGUUACAACUAAAAAUUUGCAUCAAAAUUUCAAUACUUAUUACAUUUAUUGUUAGCCAUUAUUAAUUGUAUGUAUACUUUUUAGUUAGAUUACACUUAUAAAAAUAAUUUUAAAUCAAUGAAUUUUAAGCAUCCUCUUUUAUAAGCGUGUCGUCGUAGUUGGGUGCGAAGAUAGGAGCAAGCACGUUGUAUACCAUUUGUAUCAAAUUUUGAUUCUACUAGCAUUCUGGGAAACAGGUCUUUAGAAUUCACCGAACAAAUCUUAAAUUGGUGGGCAUUUUGAUAAUUAGUGAGGUUUCUGCGUUUAGACACGAAAUAUAUAUUUUUGGGUGCAAAGUAAUUCAAAGAAGUUUUUGCAUAAUGCGUGGAGUCCUUGUCCGGCCAAAAUAGGUUGGGAUGACGAGCCCUCUCAAAAUUUUGUUCAAAAGAAUCAUUUUGGUAGACGGUCUGAAUGAUUUAUUGUCAGUCCACUCAUUAAUAUUUCUUAAUCAAGUAAUGCAAUAUGAAGUCUAAGCUUUCGCUCACACUUUUCCUCGUAUGUUAACAAGCCUCCAGAAUUUUAGGAACGUGUUCUAUUUUCGGAUGAAAGCAAAUAUUGCAUAUUUGGCAUUAAAGGAAGAAAACUAUUGUGACGUAAGUGCGGUACUGCACUCGAAAAAGAAAAUCUUGUACUAACUGUGAAGCGUGGUGGGAGAGGUGAUGGUCUAAGGGUGGUUUCAACAUGAUAAUGAUCCCUAGCAUUCGGCAUAUAAUGGGGUAUAUUCAAUAACGCAUUAUAAUGCGCAACGUACUUUUGCAGUGUUGCCAUUUUUGUAUCAAACGUCGCGCAUUAUUUGCAGGAAAAAUUUUAAUACUGCCAAUCUAUCAAUUGCAACACUUGUCACAUUGGCAGUGCUGCCAGCGCUGCAAUUACUGCGCAUUUAUAAUGCGUUUCUGAAUAUACCCAUGCUAAGAUCUGGUUGCUGUAUAACACAAAUCACCAAUUACGCACCCCGCCCCAAUCCCGCGACCUCAAUCCAGUUGAGCAUUUGGGGAAUUUACUGGAGCGCAGGAUCCGUCAGCACAGCAUAACGUCCAAGGAAAUGCUUAAAAACGUAAUAAUUAAUGAAUGAAGAAAAAUUACCAAAGAGGAUACGUCUAAAUUGGUCAAUUCCAUGCCACAUCGACUUGCAGAAAUGCUCAAGUAGAAAAAUUACUGUAAUUUGUGCAUAUCUACUCAUACUGAGAUUUAACAGCUCAAAUCUGUUUCUUUAUGUGUAUUGGAGACCGCUGCUUGGAGGUGGUGCUUGUCUUCAAAGUUUUCACAAAUGGAAGAAUAUACAGAUGUAUGCCGCCUCCGAUCGGCAGAUGCUUUUUUUAUCAACGAUAAUAACACGAUUGCCCAAUAUUAAGUUGAGUCUGCAAAUUAUAAUUUUUCGAAAACAAAAUAGUGUUACCAGCUGCGAUGUUUAUUAUAAGUAAAAGAGAUAUUCGGGUUUGUUACCCACAGUUUUACACUAUCCAAUAUUCCUAUAUGAAUGAAUAUAUGUAUGUAUUACCUACAUUUGUAUACUUAGCAAAUAACUUUUAUAAUUAUUACUUAAUAUGUAUGUAAAUAUGUUUAAAGAAAUAAGUAUUAACACAAUUGUGUGCGUAAAGCUAACAUACUCGAAUAAAAUAAUAAAUGUCAAUUGUAAAUUACAAAUAACUCCAUAUAAUACUUUCGAAACUACAAGUGGAAUUGGAA